UCAGAAAAUUAGAAGGUUUCCAAAAUAUGAAAGAAUUUAGAAAUUUUAUAAUAUUAAAAUUAAUAAUUACUCGCUUGCCUGUCUUAUAAAUUAAAAAGACCGUAAGAAGAAACACGAUUUAUUAAUUGAAUAAAUUCAAAUUGAAUUGUCAUGUCAGAUAGAGGUUAUACAAAAUAUUGCAAAAUUAAUAUAACAUAUAACAAAGAUAAAAAAACUUUGAAGUGAAGUUACACUAAUGCCUGCUCAUCGUGAUGAAGAAGAAGACAAACCCUGCAGAGCAUGUUCAGACUUCAAGACUUGGACAAAACUGCAGAAUAAGUCAAAAAUUACUACGCCGAGUAAACCGCCUCCCAAGCAAAACAAGGAGUGUCCACUGGACAAAGAUGAGCUGGGCAAGUCAACAUGGGGUUUUCUUCACUCCAUGGCUGCCUACUAUCCAGAUAAGCCAACCAAAGUUGAAUCUGAAAACAUGACUAAAUUUUUCAAUAUAUUCGCUCAAUUCUACCCAUGCGAACCUUGUGCGCUAGACUUUCAAGAGGACAUUAAAAAGCACCCACCAAAAACAAAAUCCAAAGACGAACUUGCCAAGUGGCUGUGUGAGAGACAUAACCAAGUGAAUGUUAAAUUAGGCAAGCCAGUGUUUGACUGCAGCAAAGUGCACGAGAGGUGGCGGGAUGGCUGGCUGGAUGGCUCUUGUGAUUAGAUGUUCAAUAUCACAGUGAAAAUAUUGCCUAAUGAAUUUUUGUGACCACAUUAUUAUCAUAUUUUUAAAUAUACUCAUAUUAUAUAAACAAGGAUUUAGCAUUAGCUUUAUUACUGAAACUUCUAAAUAUUCAACAUACCUUUCUUAUAUUACAUACAAAGGUUGUAUUUUCACUGUGAAGCCUUAGACAUUUUUAUUAUUAAAGAUUAAGCAUUGUUUUAUUAUGAAGAUAUAACUAUUUUGUCUGUUUUAAUGCCACCUGUAGUUAAAAUGUGAUAAUUACAUUAGAAUU